CACAUAAUGCCUAAGGGAGAAAUAGUCCAAAUUCAUCUAGGUCAAGCUGGUGUCCAAGUAGCAAAUGCAUGUUGGGAACUCUAUUGCUUGGAACACGGUAUCAGAGUCGAUGGAACUUUAUACGAUCCCAGUUACUCAGAUAAUAGCUACAGUCCAUUUUUUAGUCUCUCAGGAAGUGGUCAAGCGGUACCACGAGUUGUUAUGAUCGAUUUGGAACCUACAGUAAUUGAUGAAAUUCGAACUGGAUAUUACCGACAUCUAUUUCAUCCCGACCGGCUACUUACAGGUAAAGAAGAUGCAGCAAACAAUUACGCUCGUGGUAAAUACAGUAUUGGUACAGAAAUGUUGGAUUUAGCGUUAGAUAGAACUAGACUUGUUGCAGAAGAUUGCGGUAAUUUACAGGGUUUCAUACUCUUCAGAGCUUAUGGAGGAGGAACAGGCGGAGGUUUCACUUCAUUAUUUUUGCAACAUCUAAGCACCGAUUAUUCCAAAAUUAAUACUUUGGAGUUUGCAGUUUUUCCCUCGCCCAGAAUAUCCACUAUUAUAGUAGAACCUUAUAAUACUGUUUUGUCUACAAACGCUUCGAUAGAAUAUGAAGAUAUGUGUUUUUUGAUGGACAACGAAGCUGUAUACGAUAUACUAGGAAGGAAUUUAGACACACCUAGACCGACUUAUACCAAUUUGAAUAGACUAUUGGGACAAGUGGUGUCAGCGGUUACAGCGUCACUCAGAUUCGAAGGUGCGGUAAAUGUAGAUUUGACUGAAUUUAGAACCAACAUGGUACCGUAUCCUCGAAUACACUAUCCUCUAAUUACUUACGCUCCGUUCGUGCCUGCUCACAAGGCUUUCCACGAACAAUUGUCCGUAGCGCAAUUGACGAAUUCGUGUUUCGAGCCUGCUAAUCAAAUGGUGAAAUGUGAUCCAAGAACAGGUAAAUACAUCUCCUGUUGUCUAUUAUACAGAGGAGACGUAGCUCCGACAGAUGUCAAUAACGCCAUAGUCAACAUCAAAUCAAAACGUUCCAUUCAAUUCGUAGAUUGGAGUCCUACGGGAUUCAAAGUGGGGAUAAAUUACAUGCCACCAGUUGCUGUUCCUGGGGGGGAUUUGGCAAAGGUUCAGAGAGCUGUGACGAUGUUAUCCAAUAAUACAGCAAUCAAGAGUUCGUGGGAGAGGAUAUUGAGGAAAUUUAACGUUAUGUUUGCAAAAAGAGCAUUUGUUCAUCAUUACGUUGGAGAAGGAAUGGAAGAAGAAGAAUUUAGAGAUGCUAAGGAGGAUAUGAAAUGUUUAAUUAUGGAUUACAAUGAAGUAGCGUCGGACUCGCUUUCUUCUAACAACGAAGACCCUCAAAUAGCAUCCCAACUUUUACAAUUCAACCUGGAUAAUCUACAAGUUUGGCUCAAAUUGUGGGGAAUAAAAGUCAAUGAAACAAAAUCUGUACAUACAACAUUCUUUAAUUCAUAG